CGCAGGCGUAUGAGGGAUACAGGCUCGCCCUAGGCCGCCCAGGUCUAGGAUAGAGAAGGCGUGCUGCGUCACGCUCGAGUACCGUUGAAUAUUACCAUCGGCUACCUGCUACCUGCCGGCAGGUGUUUCCCCCUUCCCACACACGCACACAGAUAUCUCUGUAGCUGGGUUUACUAUGUAUCUGCUCGUUCCUGUGUACAGAGUGCCUCGAUAUUACCAUCACGCAUGUUGAGCUUCACGAAGACGAACGCUAAUUACAAAGCUCAAAUAUGUACUCUACGAUAAUCUGAUCUUAAUUUCUAUGCUGGAUGUUUACCGUUGAUGCUGACGACUUAUUAUUAAUAGUGAUUUAUGAGCAUUAGUAUAAAAAGAAACGUGGCGAUAUUUCAGUUCUUAGACAGGAACUUUCUUGAGCUUCCCGAAAGUUUCUUUUGUGAAUCUAACAUUUUCUGAGACGUCCUGAAAUAGAGGUAUUACGAUAAGAUUAUCGGAAAGUGAAUACUUUAAGAUAUAUUUCAUAUUUUAUUGUGUCGAUAUGUAACAAAAUAAAAUAUGAAAGUUUUCACGAAACAUCAACUCUUCGAUAUCACUUUAUAGUAAAAAAAAAUUACAGCUUCUAUAUUUCUACGUCGCGUUUUUAUAAAAUGCGUCCAAUUUGAGAAAAAGAAAAAAAACGAAACAUAUACUUAAUGUAUCAGAGACGACCGGAAUGUUCGGGCGAGGAACUACCCUUGGAGAUAUUUCCAAUCUUUUUAGGAGAAAGCACAACGAGAGAUAUAAAAUAAUUAUAACAGUCGUCGUGACAUUCGCCCUGCGUUUUAGGCGAAUUAAAUCCUCGAUCACGAAGGCGCGGCGGUCGUAAAGCGAGCUCGCGAAAAUUAAGUUAACUUCGUCCUUACGCCUAUUCUUGCGCUUCUUCUCUCUACGAGGAGACAGCCUGGUAGGCCAGAGGAUGAUUAAACUAUUCUUCUAUCUCCAAUCAAAUUACCAUUAAAUGCCUUUUUUUUUUAAAUUACUUAUAAAGUUACAUAGAGCAAAAUGAACAUUUUACAUCUAUCUCAUAAUGAUAAUGAUUGCAAUAUAUGAAGGAAAAUAAUAACUGUAAUUGUAUUUUCAAUUCUCGGAAUGUAAUCUGGAAUACGAGGCAAAGCUUAGAGAAUGUACAGGAUAUUUUUCAAAGCACAGCGAUAAUUAAAAAAAUUAUCAAUUGUUUUGAAUAAGUAAACUAUUUACAAAAAUAAUAAAAGUUUAACUCCGUUCACGCAACUUUUAUAGUUUAUUUGAAGUGUUAAUAUUAAACACAUUUUCAAAUUUUAUGUCCGAUACAUCCAAUGAUACAUUGACCAAAUUCUAUAAGUUUCCAUUUGGAGCUCUUUACGCAAUGGCACUCAAGAAGAAAAAGUCGGCUAUCAAUAAAGCAGCGUGUCUAACAGCAACGUGACCGAUUAUAUAAUUCGUUUAAAGAAACAUAGAGCUAGUCGAACAGGGGUACGGCUUCCGUAGGGUAGCAUCGACGCGCGGGGUAACAGUCGCGCAGUGUCACGUCAACUUUUACCCCGCACGUCGAGAAGAGCGCGUAACGAUCCUCGCGACGGCUAUUGUAUCUAGGGGCCGCAAUUGUUCGAGAGAGAAUUUUUCGAAGCGACAAAACCGCUGAGAAUAAUUUAUCAAACGCCAGGGGAACAAGUGUGUUCGAAGUUGCGAAACUUUCCGAAGGGUGGAUACUUCUCAACGACGUCGUCCGAAGGGCAGUCAAUCGCGUGCACCUCGACGGAAAUUAUAUUCGCGAAGUAGAAUUUUUCCGAGCGACAAGAUUAUUCAAGAGGGAAGAUCGAUAUCGAAGUUCGGGCUUCUGAGGCUUUAGGUCCGUAGUUUUCGGUCGAGCGUAAAAUAGGCCCUGACGUUCGCCGGUAAUCACAAAAAUUGGAACAGCGAAGGUAAAGCGAGGUGCGCGUGUUUCGUACCAAUUGUUAAACGAAGUGACGCUUGUCACGCGACUUAAUAAACGCCAUCGAAAUUAAUGCUCGAGAGAGCGGACGGAACUUUCGUAGGGUUGCCCUUCGUACUAAACGAUUCUUUGUGACCUACAUACGUAACGUCACAAUUAUUCAGUGUUGAUUGUUACCACUAAUUACGUAUAUAAUAAAAAUAUAUAAAAUAAUGCAAAAUGACAGCAGAAAAUUAUGUAAUUAUUAAUUUAUUGCAUAAUUAACUUCAUCUUUUUUCACCGUAAUUAUUAUUUUAUUGUAAAAUAAAUAAAUAAUAAAUUAAUAUAUGGAAGGUAUGAAUUCUAGAAACUUUGCAAAUUAAUUUAAAGCUAUUAGUAGAUAAUCAGAAUAGUGAAAAAAUAUUAGAUACACAGAGUUCAUUUAAAAUUCAUACGCGCCUAACUUUUUUGUCCUAAUGACAAACGAUGGCGAAUGAUAUGCACAUUAAGACUUCAUUCUUGUUAAGUAUUGUUCUGUUUCUCUUCACUUUGAGCACAAGCGAGCAAAUAUUGUGCUCUAAGAACAACCUGAACAAUGCAUUAUUGGAGACCACGGGUGAUGCUAUUUUAACUGUCUUUGUGGAUGCCAAUUACGGACAAUACUGCAAUGUAUCGUCAUCCAAGGGUGCUCAACAAAUCUCGACAAUAUUACACGUAGUGCAAACUUUGAAUAAAUAUGACUACAUGCCGGGUGUAAAAUUAGGACUAAGAAUCUUCGACACGUGUUACGAUGGGAUUACGGUGUUUAGACAAGUUUUGCGAGCAACGGUCGGGCAAAGUUGCGCGCCGGAUUAUGAGAUGGGUAUACUGGUGCCGUUCCAGUACGGACCCUUGAUAAAUUAUCUUCGCGAUCACGUCGGACUGCCAAUCGGAACCUACGAGGAACGAGAUUUUACGGUGUCUACGAUCGAUAUCCUGGCGCAUUAUCUUAGCACCAGGUACGAGAUCGUCGAUCAGGUGUACGCCAACGCGGAUUCUGUUCUUAAGCGUUUCCUGGAAGUUACCAAGGAUGCCGGGGUGUGCGUGAAGCGAAGUGACAGGCGCGUCAACGGUGACAGAUAUGACGCGAACGUCACGGAAAGCGUGGUAGUCGCAAUCGGCGAGAGAAGUGACGUGUUGCGAUGGCUGCGAGAGAACGAGGAAUCGAGGGGUUUCAGAGAAACGUGGCUUCUGCUGCCGCUCGAUAAUUCAGAUAUUGACGAUCUCAUACCAUCCGGAUCGUAUGUCAUUAAGCCGGAAAUUCCUCGCUUCGAUCUUGGCGAGUUCUCAAGCGCGGCUGAAUUCCUGGAGAACUCCAACAACUCAGCGAACCACUCUCCGUAUCUCCUCGACAUUGGGAAGGCCGUCAUCGCGCUGGUGGACGUCUUUCAGAAUAUCCACAAGAGAAACUGCUUUAUCAAUAAAGAGGAGUGCAGCUUCGUGCGGCAAUCCCCCAAAUCGCAACGGAAAAUUCGCGAUUUCGAUGUCUACGACGUUCUCCAUAUACAACCGCGAUCGCACUCGGUGAGAUACGCGAUCGCCACAAAAAUGCAGCACGAACUCGUCGACGUCGCUCUCUAUGAGAUCGAAAUGCCCGAGCUACGCGUUCUCCCGAAGAGAACGAUGUCCGGAAUGCCGAGACUCUGUUUGGAGCAUCUCGCCGAAAAUUGCGAAAACUGUAUGAAUUUUCAGGAACGUGCCGAUCCACGCGACAUUGCGAAAGUGGACGUCAUCGGCAAAAGUAUCCUGAAGAGCAGCAGCUACGUUCCUGUUUUCCUAUUCGCCAUCAUGAGCGGCACUAUCGCGUGCUGCGUCAUAGUGAUAUUCAUCGUCUACCGUUCUGCGACUGAGGAAAUGCUCGACGGCAAUCCGGCCCUCACAAUCGUCCUCGUCCUAGCUAACCUGUUUACCCUGUUGACGGCGCUGCUCUUCUGCGUGACGGACGAUUAUUUCAACGCGGAGAAUCUAAAUGCCUGGAAGAUUCUCCUCACCACUCUCGCGUUCGGCCUCACGUUCUCAAUCAUGCUCUCGAGAGCACUCUCCCUGGCUCUGUCCACAGGCAGUGUUUUCAUCAUUCACAUUAAUGGAUACUUACAGAGUCUCAUGGCGCUUUUCAUGUUCGGCGUGCAAAUUGCCAUGUCGAUUAUGUAUUUUGUUCUGAGCACAAUGAAUUCUGCCGUGGCCGCCAGGAGUCUCACAUUUAUUGCGUUAUUAGGAUACGAUAUAUUUUUAUUAAUUGCAUUGGUCGUCACUUGCUACUUCACUAUCCAAGUACAACGCAAUUAUCACGAGGGAAAAUGCUUCUUCGGCACUGCCGUCGGCCUGGUAGUAACGUGGGCGACAUGGCUGAUUUGCUUCGUGUUAAUGCAGCCGGAAAAUCGCGACGCAAUCGUUUUUUUCGGUACAGUUACCACGGCUUAUUUAAUUAUUUUCGGUGUUUUAAUACCAAGGUUCUAUUACAUGGUUACGCACACAUCCAGAAGGAAAGAUCCCGAACAAAGAAGAUUCAAUCCCGUCAAUCUACCGAUCGAUUCGUUUGUUAAUACGGUCAUCAGGCAGUCGCGUUCCUCCUACGAUUGCGUUCAUCCUAUUCGAGAAAGUCAAAUCUUACAAGUGCCAUCAGCAUACCCGAAUUACUACGGUAAUUCAAGCCCGAACUCGAAACACCUCGAGAGAUGGAGAAGUUCGCAUCACCGGGAUACGUCUGCAUACAAUAAUUACGAAUGCCAUGCGAAAAUGAAGGAGAUUGACGCUACCUACGCGACGCCACGAAUGUAUGUCGAGAACACGGAGUAUCUGGCAACAAAUGGCGUCAUUUACUCGCAGCCAAAAAUCUAUAAAGCUCAGAAGAUAAUUUUGGGGGAGAGGAGCAACGUGGGAACCACUUGUAAUAGAGAUAAUUCUUCACCUAUCCCUAGAUUGUACGACGAAAUGUAUCCCAUGAGAUACACUAGCCCGAUGAAUAUGGCAAUGAAACGAAGAAUCGAUAAAAAAAAAGUGGAAGAAGGGGAUGACGAAGAAGACGAAAUGGAUCAGGGGGACGAAUGUGUCAGCGUUACCCGCUUUUGACAUGCUUAUUUAAUGUACAAUUCAAUGCCCUACGCCUUUAUGAAUUUCUGAUAAAACGGAUAAAUUUAUAGUCAAACAUUUUAAGAUAAUUUAAAUCCCUUUAAAACUAAAAUAGUGACCAAAUAAUAUGCGUAUUUCAAGGUAAUAGAUCUCUAUAUAAGGCGUUAUAUUUAUUUAAAUUCUUAUUCCUUUUAUACUGUAGAUAUACAUAUAUAUUUAUAUUGCAUACGUCUGCUUUAAUUUUUAUACAGAUCUGUUACCUUAAUAAAAUUAAAAACAUAUCACUCACCGACACAAUGUGCAGUGGAAGAGUUGGCGAUUGAAACUGCGUUGAACUGUAAAAAUAGAAACAUACAUAAAUUAAAGUAAUGAUUAGAACAAUUUAUAUCAAAAAGAAUAAUUUAAUCGCGCAUAAAAUAUAUAAUUAUCAAUCAUUCUUUUUUCAAAUAAAAAGUGAAGCAAAAGAUAAUUUACUCACCCCAUGGUUGUUCCGUCGUCGCUCGAUGUCGCCUUAGGCCUCCUUCUCCUCCUCUCCAGAUUGCUUCGUAGUUGUGCACAACACGGCUCUCGGCGAAAACACUUAAUUACGAUCAAACGCAUGUUAAUCAUUACAUUAAAAUAAUCGCCCGUACACGUUGCACGGUACGUUGUACGUCUCCCGACGGUAAUCACGCGCGACGUGCUACCUGUCCACUCGAGUCUCGCCGCGUGAAUGACAUAUCUUAGCUCGCGGCGGUUUUGCGUAUCAAAACAAACACACCAAGGCCGUACAGAGGCCAGUCCCGCCAGUUCCAACGCCGCGUUUAACGCGUACGAAUCCUGGAAAAUAAAAAUUGUAUGUUAAAUA